CUUUCAAAGAAGUGGCCUAAAAAAGUUUACGAGUUAGCCAUUGUUCCUUGAGAACUAGGUUCCGUCGCGGACUGUUACGUAAACGACUCUGCGCUCACGGCUUAAUUGAAAUGACUGCGCGGACUGGAGGUGCAGGUGUUCCACGGUGGUAAUUAGAGGGAAACCUACGUCCAUGCGGAAAGUGUACACGCUUCACUCAGAAUUUAACUUCAAACGUCGACGCCUCGGCAAUUUAAAAAUCCUGUCACCCAAGAUGAACAGCAGUGGACCGGCCUAUCCCCUCGCCUCCCUGUAUGUGGGGGACUUGCACCCUGAUGUCACAGAGGCCAUGCUCUACCAAAAAUUUUGUGCUGCUGGACCCAUCAUGUCGAUCCGCGUGUGCCGAGACAUCAUCACCCGCAGAUCUCUAGGAUACGCGUACAUAAACUUCCAGCAGCCAGCUGAUGCGGAGUGCGCUCUGGAUACAAUGAAUUAUGAUGUUAUCAAGGGUCGGCCAAUUAGAAUAAUGUGGUCUCAGCGUGACCCGGGACUCAGGAAGUCUGGAGUGGGCAACAUCUUCAUCAAGAACAUAGACGAGUCAAUUGACAACAAGGCACUGUACGAUACCUUCUCGGCCUUCGGCAAUAUUUUGUCCUGCAAGGUCGUCUGUGACGACAAAGGAUCCAAAGGCUACGGCUUUGUUCACUUUGAGACUCAGCAGGCUGCAAAUCGUGCCAUCGAAACCAUGAAUGGGAUGUUGCUGAAUGAUAGGAAAGUUUUUGUUGGUCAUUUCAAGUCUCGAAAGGAAAGAGAGGUGGAGUUUGGCUCCAAGGCAAUGAAGUUCACCAACGUCUAUAUUAAAAACUUUGGUGAAGACUGCACUGAUGAGAAGCUCAAGACAAUCUUUUCACCAUUUGGAAGGACUCUGAGUGUACGGGUGAUGAAGGACGAGAGUGGGCGUUCACGAGGAUUUGGCUUUGUUAACUAUGUUAACCAUGAGGAUGCGCAGAAGGCAGUUGAUGAAAUGAAUGGGAAGGAGAUCAAUGGGAAAAUCCUCUAUGUGGGUCGGGCUCAGAAACGUCUGGAACGUCAGGGAGAACUCAAACGCAAGUUUGACCAGAUCAAACAGGACCGCAUCCAGCGCUACCAGGGGGUGAAUCUCUAUGUGAAGAACUUGGAUGAUACCAUAGAUGACGAGAGACUCCGGAAGGAGUUUGCACCUUACGGCACCAUCACCAGUGCCAAGGUGAUGACAGACGGCUCUCAGAGCAAGGGCUUCGGCUUUGUCUGCUUCUCUUCACCCGAGGAGGCGACAAAAGCAGUGACCGAGAUGAAUGGGAGAAUUGUUGCGACCAAGCCGUUGUAUGUGGCGCUGGCUCAGCGGAGGGAGGAGCGUAAAGCCAUCCUCACCAACAAGUACAUGCAGAGACUUGCCUCCCUGAGGUCCAUGCCAAAUACGGUCAUCGACUCGUUCCAUCAGGCCGGAUACUACAUGACUGUGCCACAGCAUCACAGUCGCUCCUACUACAACCACAAUGCGGUCAGCAACAUGAGGCCAGCUCCUCACUGGACAGGACAACCACCGAGACCACCAGGCCCCCACUCAACCCAGGUUGUAGGUAACUUUGUGGCUCGACGUGGAUCCCCGACCAUUGCUACAGUCAGACAGGCUUCCACUCAGGCUCCACGUGUGGUCAGUUCUUCACAGAAGACGAAUAACAUUGGGACCCAGACUGUCGGAGGUCGCACUGACAUGCCCGGUCUGAUCAGGAGCAACCAGUAUAAGUACUCGCCUGCAGUGAGGAACCCGCAGCAGGUCAUUACUGUUCCUGCGCCUAUCACAAGACUGCAGGUGGUUUCAGCUGCAGUGAUGGAGCAGCCGGUGCACGUUCCAGUCCAGGAGCCUCUCACUGCCUCGAUGCUGGCUGCUGCUCCUCUCAUGGACCAGAAACAACUGCUUGGUGAGCGACUGUACCCACUGAUCCACGCUCUGCACCCAAACCUGGCUGGAAAAAUCACUGGGAUGCUUCUGGAGAUCGACAACUCGGAGCUGCUGCACAUGCUGGAAACGCCCGAGUCUCUGCACUCGAAGGUGGACGAAGCGAUCGCGGUCCUGCAGGCUCACCAGGCCAAGGAAUGUUCCACCAAGUAAUGAUGGACGACAUACUAAAAUUUAAACAACUCUGAGGAACAAAAAAGUUAAGAAGAGAAAUGUGAUGUGUGACUUAAAUUAAGGCUGAAGAGAUUUGUGAAAUUAUUACAUUUUGUUGUUGCUAUAUCUUUUGUUAGCAGAUAAAAGUCUACAGUAUAUGC